AGGAAAGUUUGGAUCAGAGAGCGGCGAAGGACAGAGCAGAGCAGAGUCAAUAAACUGGGACAUAAACGGGAUUAUUUUAGUUAAAAUUACAGAAAAUAUAUGUUAUUGUCGUUCUGUAAGUAGGUGAGGAUUCCUGUUAGUGCUCUGUGUGUUUAGCUGUGUGUUCAUACCGCGUUAGCUCACCUCCGUCGGUGUGUUUCUGAAUGAUUGGUCCGUGGUCAUCGAUACCUCAAUGGCUUUGAUAGCGACCGAGCAGAGCUGCAAACUGAACGGGACCUACAGCAGAGUCGGGCCGAGGAGAGACGUCCUUCACGGGCCCGCGGACGGCUUCAAAUCUGCCAAAAUGCAGCCCAAAGAGUCGGAGUAUUCAACAGAUGGCCUCCCCAAAGCCUUCCUGCACAGCCUCAGGACCCUGUUUGACAUUUUGGAUGACGGCGGACGAGGCUACGUUCACAUCUCGGAGAUCGAGAGCCGCUGGCAGGGCGCAGACACCCGGGAGCUGCCGGGCGGAGUGCUGGGUUGCCUCAGGAGGGUCACCCCGCCGCAUGGUUGCCUCACCUUCGAGCGGUUCGUCGCCGGGCUGCGGUACUCCAUGCUCAACCCGGAGAACAGCUCCCACUUCAAGGCCCAGGCUGCCGUACACCCGCAGCUGGCUCCGAAGAAACCCGCCCCGCUGUCCACAUGCAGCGUCGGGACCCGGGUGGAGAACAAAGUCCGUCCGUUGGGGCCGAGCAACGUGACGAACACCCAGCAGCACCGGGCGUCCUCCAUGCAGAGCCGGGGCAGGCCGGAGGAGGGGGCCGGGUACCCCGCGUGUGGACCGGUGCGGUACGGCGCGGGCUUCGAGAGGACCGGGCGGAGUUUGGAACGGAUCCCCGUCGCUCCGGAGGGUGGAGGGUGUUACCGUGCAGACCCGGGACAUGCUACCAAACCAACCCAGCCUCAGCAGGGCAAGGGCCGGUCCAUAGAGUCGCUUGCACUGGAGUCACCGCAGCUCCAAAGACCAAGUGUUGUGAAAUCAGGUUUACCAAGAUCUCAGAGUGAAUCAGCUACGGGAUUUACUGGCGGCUCAAGGCGACACGGUCGGAGUCGGGAAGAGCAGAGGAGGCAUACCAUCACCAAUGGAGUGGAUUAUGGAAUGCUGAAGCAAAUGAAAGAGCUGGAGCAAGAAAAGGAUUCUCUGCUGGCGGGCCUGGAAGUGGUGGAACGGGCCCGAGACUGGUACCAGGGCCAAGUCCACAAUGUUACAGAGAGACAGCGGCAGGUCGGCCAGAGCUCCCACUGCACGGACUUCUUCACAGAAGCCAACCAGAGUCGCAUGAAUGUUCUCAUUCCCAAAUUACAAGAGGUCAACCGCUGCCUUAAUGACCUUAUUUCCUGCACUGGAAUGCAGUCAUUUCCUUCCAGCAGUUCUCAAACAGCAGCCCUCUCAGCGAACACCCAGCCUCCAGUCCCAGCUCCUCCACAAGCCAUCCAGAGACUGAAGGACCAGAACCGACUCCUUACUCAGGAGGUGACAGAGAAGAGCGAGCGGAUCGCCCAGCUGGAGCAGGAGAAGUCGGCCUUGAUAAAGCAACUUUUUGAGGCUCGAGCCCGUAGCGCACAAGACACCAGCACCAUGGAUUCCACUUUUAUCUGAAAACAAUUACACUCCACCCAACACUACCAUCAACACCAAAUGUCAGCUAGGAAUCACCCUGAUGUAACGUCAACAUAUCUGUGCUGGUCUGGAUGAAAACGGAAGCCGACUCUUGUUUACUCGACUGACCAUUUAUGGCAGUGAUGCACCUUUUAGCCAUAACACCCCAACGCCCUCGACUACACCCUGAACCAUGCACCACCUAGAUGUGAACACUCCUGAGGAAUAUCUGACCUGAGUGACUUGACCCCGAGAGUCUAUAAGUUCCUUUUACUUACUGCCAUCCUGCAGAAACACUCCCUCUAAGCUGAAGAAAUCAGACGGGUCUCAUCUUCCCAUCACUGCAUUUCUUGCAUGAUUACAGCAUCGGCAAGAUCUCCACUCCCACUCCCAAAAGACUGUUAUUUCUUCUGCUGCUCCGCUGCACAAGCGGCAGAAAAACACGAACCUUCACCGGGAGUCUGCUGAAGCUUGAUUACAGUGGUCCAAAAAAGCGAUUGGACAGUGGGGAGGUUGUUUGUGUUGGAAUAAAAUGCCAUAUUCUUGCAAAUGAAAACAAAUUCUCAGCUGCAUCUGCUUGCUGUGACCUAUCAACUGCAUUUUUUUUUUAAAGCUUGGUACUUUGAUUUACCCAUUAUAAGAGACACUUUCAGUAUUUCCCUUCCUUUAAUGUUAAUUACUGAUCAAUAACUUGUUUACCUUCUUGCUUUUUAUAGUGUUUAAUCCCAAACACUAAGAGAGAGGAAUUACUGAAAGAGCAGCUUGUGUUUUAUAGUAGUAUGUUAAAUGUUAAGACAUUUCAUGAGUUUAUACAUGUUUUUUUUUAACAUUGAAGAAAUGUGGGAGGACAGUGUACAAGCCAAGGGGAUAUAAAGGCAGAGACGCAUUAGAGAAAAGUGGAAGUUUGCAUGUAGAAGAAAGCUGUGGAGGAUGAACGUGGUAGAUGGUGACUGUGCUGGAGUUUGGAGACGAUUCUGAUGUUAAGUCAGAAACAGCAACAACAAAAAAGGUAUCACUUUGGCUAGCUAGUGCUGCACAUCCUCUGCAUGUCUUUACAGUGGAUUCCUGGCAUGGGCCAUUUUUCCAGCUCGAAAUAAUUACCCUCUGAAGAGGUUUCAGUUUGAAACCUGGAGAUUAAAUGUUAGCACGGAUGUGAAAACCCAUUUUGUCCUUGAACGUGUUCCCUUUUAUCAGCCUGAAAAACCGAUCAUUUUAGACUGUAAAAACAUUUAGCCAUCCACAAGUUUACAAAGAGAAGUAUUUAGUUGGUGGGUGGUGGUAGAAAUAAACAUUGUAGUUUUAUAAUGCAUCUAUAUGGUACUGCUGGGAUGUUUUACUGCACAUAACACAGUUAGAUGCUGUUGAUGUCUGUUUCCCAUGCACUUGUUUGAUUGUAUGUUUCUUUGCUGCUCAAAUUAAAUUACGUGUGAAACUCUU